ACUAGAAUUACAGACUUUCAUGUACCCCUUUUCCUCUUCCAGCUUCAUGUUUCCUGUCGCAGGUGGUUUAGGCCCCCCUCAAGGGAUGAUUCCUAUGCAACAGCAAGGAUUUCCAAUGGUUCCUGUCAUGCAGUCCAGUAUGCCAGGCAUGAUGGGGAUGAACUACGGUUCUCAGAUGGCUCCUGGACCCAUGGCCAUGCAGGGUGGCAUGCCCUUAGGGCCAAGGCCAGCGACCGGAAUGCCUUACAUGGGACAGGCUCCUUUCUUGGGAAUGCGUCCGGCAGCCCCGCAGUACACCCCCGACAUGCAGAAGCAGUUUGCAGAGGAACAACAGAAGAGGUUUGAGCACCAGCAGAAGUUCUUAGAAGAAGAAAGAAAACGGCGCCAGUUUGAAGAGCAGAAACAAAAGCUGAGACUCCUAAGCAGUGUGAAACCGAAGACAGGUGAAAAAAGCAGGGAUGAUGCUUUGGAAGCCAUCAAAGGAAAUUUAGAUGGCUUUUCUAGAGAUGCUAAAAUGCACCCAACACCAGCAUCGCAUCCAAAAAAGCCAGGCUCUUCCCUGGAGGAGAAGGUCUUAGAUAAUGGCUCAAAUGAAUCUGAACAAGAGCAAACCAAACUUAAAACAUCCGAAGUUGGGCACAAAGCCUCGACUGUGCGCCAAGUUCAUCCCAGUCAAGCCAGCAAUGACUGGGAUGUUGUAGGUGGACGUGAAAGUGGUACCACUGCUGCAGAGGUGCACAAGGCUUCAGAACAAAACAGAGCAGUUGGAGAGUGUGGAGUUGGAGUAUUCCCUUCACAGGACCCAAUUCAGCAAAUGCUGCCUCCUUGGAUUUACAACGAUAGCUUGGUCCCAGAGUUGUAUAAGAAAAUUUUAGAAACGACUUUGACUCCUGCUGGAAUAGAUACAGCUAAACUCUAUCCUAUCCUGAUGUCGUCUGGAUUGCCCAGAGAGACCCUUGGACAGAUAUGGGCUUUGGCCAACCGUACUACCCCUGGGAAGCUCACAAAAGAAGAGCUCUACGCUGUCCUGGCUAUGAUAGCAGUAACUCAGCCAAACGAGAAUGGUGUCAAAAGCCUCUGCCCACCUGGAGAGGAACAGCUGCCGGGCAUGAGCAUCCCGGCCCCGGCGGGCGGAGCUGCCGCACAGCCUUCCGGAGGAUUCGGGGCACCCUACGCGCCCGCGCAGGUAAUAAAACCAGAAGAUGAUGACUUCCAGGAGUUCCAAGAUGCUUCAAAGUCUGGCUCACUAGAUGACUCUUUCACUGAUUUCCAAGGGGAUGUAGCUGGCUCCUCCAAAGCAGCCAGUUCGCAGCACCGGAGCAGUGUUCCUUCUUUACUAAUGCCACUCCCAGGUACUAAGACACUCUCAUCAACUGAUAAGUAUGCUGUGUUUAAAGGAAUUGCAGCUGAGAAGCCAUCUGAAAGUACAGCUACCUUUACAGAUUGUGGAGACAAGUAUAGUGCUUUCCGUGAAUUAGAGCAACCAUCAGAGAGCAAAUACCUAGGAGAUAACCUUGCAGAAUUCAAGCCUGCAGGAACCGAUGAUGGUUUCACAGAUUUUAAAACCGCUGACAGUAUCUCACCAUUAGAGCCACCUACAAAAGACAAAACUAAAAAAUCUUCCCCUACAUCCUUCCCUUCUCUGCCCGUUCAGUCGAAACAGCAAACACAAGCAAAGACCUCUUUGAAUCUAGCAGACUUGGAUCUCUUUUCCUCUACUGGAGAAAACAAGCAGCCAUCCUUUCCACCUGCACUUAAUACGUCAAAAUCGGGCUCCUUUCCUCCACCUCCCCUUCCAUCUGCCACUGCCCAGCCAGCACCCAGCAAAAGUUCAAGCUUAGGUGAUGAGUUUGGAGAGUUCAACCUUUUUGGGGAAUUUUCUAAUUGCGCAUCAGCCAGUGGACAAGAUGACUUUGCAGAUUUUAUGGCUUUCAACAAUAGCAGUGGAUUUUCCGAACAAAAACCAGAUGACAAAUACAAUGCACUUAAGCUGGAGGCCGGUCCUGUUCCUCAGUCUGGCUCAUCUGCCGGCACGGUGAAGAGUGGGCAGAAUUCUGUCACUGCUGCUACGCCCACCAAAUACGAUAUCUUCAAACAGCUUUCUCUUGAAGGCUCUGGAGCAGGCUUUGAGGAGGCGAAGGACAACACGCUUUCUUCAGUGAAGAGCGAUGAUGAUUUUGCCGACUUUCACUCUAACAAGUUUUCUUCCACGUGCAACAGCGCGGAUAAGUCCCUGGUGGAUAAAGUCGCAGCUUUCAAGCAGGCCAAAGAAGACUCUGCUUCUGUGAAGUCUCUGGAUCUCCCUUCUAUUGGUGGCAGCAGUGUCGGCAAGGAGGAUUCUGAAGAUGCGUUGUCUGUUCAGUUUGACAUGAAGCUGGCUGAUGUGGGAGGCGAUCUUAAGCAUGUCAUGUCUGAUAGCUCUUUGGAUUUGCCAACAGUUAGUGGCCAGCAUCCGCCAGCAGCAGAUACAGAUGACUUAAAAUGUGCCCCGUUUGGAAGCUAUAACAGCGGGUCUGCGGUCAGCAGCCUGGCAAGCUAUGACUGGUCCGACAAAGACGACAGUCAGCAGCAGGGCAAGAAGCUCUCCUCCUUUGUCCAGUCCUCAGGAAGUGGAUCCUCUGCAGCUACUUCUGUCCUUCAGAAGAAGGAGACCUUGUUUGGCAGUUCAGAAAACAUUACCAUGACAACAGUUUCCAAAGUGACAACCUUUUCUAGCGAGGAUGCUUUACAGGAUGUUUCCUUUGCAGCCUUUGCAAACUUUAAAGACUCUGGACCGAUAUCCAGUGCUCCAAGUGACGAUGACAUUGGAGACUUUGGUGAUUUUGCAAGAACUUCAUCAGAAGCGCAGGAUGCCGCAGCAGCCGCUGACACGAAUCCGGAGGCAGACCUCCUUGCCAGUGGUAUCUCCUCUGAACUGCGAAGAGAGUCCACAGAUGACUUUGGAGAAUUCCAAAGUGAAAAGCCAAAAAUCAGCAAGUUUGACUUCUUGGUGGCAACUUCCCAAGGCAAGGUGAAAUCUAGUGAAGAAAUGAUCAAGAGUGAGCUGGCUACCUUUGACCUGUCUGUUCAAGGGUCUCAUAAAAGGAGUUUAAGCCUAGGUGACAGAGAAAUAAGUCGCUCUUCACCUUUACCAGUUUUGGAACAGCCAUUUAGAGAUCGUUCAAAUACUCUAAGUGAGAAACCUGCUUUGCCCGUCAUCAGAGACAAAUACAAAGACUUAACCGGGGAAGUUGAGGAAAGUGAGAGGUAUGCGUACGAAUGGCAAAGGUGCUUGGAGAGUGCCCUGCAAGUCAUAAAGAAAGCAAAUGAUACCUUGAAUGGAAUAAGUAGUUCAUCCGUUUGCACUGAAGUUAUCCAGUCUGCUCAAGGCAUGGAAUAUUUACUAGGGGUUGUUGAAGUGUACAGAGUGACAAAGAGAGUUGAGCUGGGUAUCAAAGCAACUGCUGUUUGUAGUGAGAAACUCCAGCAGCUGCUGAAGGAUAUUGAUAAAGUGUGGAACAACCUCAUCAGCUUCAUGUCCCUCGCUGCUUUAACGCCAGAUGAAAACUCACUGGAUUUCUCUUCUUGUAUGCUGCGUCCAGGGAUUAAAAAUGCCCAAGAUCUUGCCUGUGGUGUGUGCCUCCUAAAUGUGGAUUCAAGAAGUAAAAAAGAAGAGAAACCUGUGGAAGAGCUUCCUAGAAAAGCCUUCAAUUCGGAAACGGAUAACUUCAAGCUGGCGUACGGAGGGCACCAAUACCAUGCAAGCUGCGCAAAUUUCUGGAUCAACUGUGUGGAGCCCAAGCCUCCGGGUCUCAUUUUGCCAGACCUGCUCUGA